CUCGGCCCAUCUCUAUCUCCCUUUAAAAUACUUUUUAGGCGACGCCUUCAAAACCCUAGAUUGGGACUGCUUCUCUUUGCUUCAGCGCAGCCUAUUACACGGAUUCUCCUCUUCGCAGUUCUCAUACCCUAGAGAUAAACGAUGUCGAUUGGAGAGGUUGCUUGCACUUAUGCUGCUUUGAUUCUCCAUGAUGAUGGUAUUCCAAUCACUGCAGAGAAGAUUGCUCAGAUUGUCAAAGCAGCCAAUGUAACAGUUGAAUCUUACUGGCCAAGUUUGUUUGCCAAGCUAUUGGAGAAGAUCAACCCCGAGGACCUCAUCAUGAAUGUUGGGUCUGGUGGUGGUGCUGCUCCAGUAGCGGCUGCAGCCCCUGCUGCUGGGGGUGGUGCAGCUGCAGCUGCUGCUCCUCCACCUGAAGAAAAGAAGAAGGAAGAGCCCGAGGAAGAGAGUGAUGAUGACAUGGGAUUCUCCUUAUUUGACUAGGAGCUCCUUUCAGCAUGCGCAAGUCCUAUGUUAGUCUUAAUAGUUGAAAACUAGUUCCUUUUUUCGAUAUUUUUGGCUGUUCUGUUUGUUGGUAUAAAUUCUCUUUUUCAUAAAUGUAGCACUGGAGACUGGUUUUUGAGCAUCGUAUGUUUCAGCUUCUAGAUAUAUACAAGUAUUUCAGGUUAGCAUGGGUUCUCUUGUUGUCAAGUUUUGAACGGAACUCUUUAAGUUGAGCAAUGAAUGAAUCUGAUUUCUGCUUUGCUA